AUUGGCAGUCCUUCCGAAUCUCCUGCGUCUGUGUCGCCCUCUUUCGGUUUUGUUGCCGGGCUUUAUCAUGGCUUCCACCGCCGAUAGUUCGCGCCCAUCCUUCAGUCCCGCGGAUGCCUCGGAUCAGCUCUUACAGCACGAUGCCACCUUAGCAGUCGGUGACUCGGUCACUCUGACGCUCGGGGGUGACUCUCUACUUGUUGUCGAUGAACGCUCCGGCCGCAAAUCCGAGCGCGGAUGCUGCAGCGUUCGGAAGAAGGAUGCAGCUACCAGAAUUUCUCGCACGAUAUCCUUGUACAAUGUAUUGGACGCCGAUCUUUCGCCGACCGGGCUUACCAUCACCUAUGCAGAACCCACGCAACAAGACGAGGUCGCGGUGGCCGCCCUCCAAUACUCAAUCGGCGAGGAGGAGAAGGGCGCCGCCGAGAGCUGGAUGAAGAAAUUGCUGGAUGUCGCUUACGGGUCCGCGCAGCGCAACAAGAGACUCAAGGUCCUGGUCAAUCCGUUCGGCGGUCAAGGCCACGCGGCCAAGCUGUAUUCGACGCAUGCAGCGCCCAUCCUUGCCUCGGCGCGCUGUCAGAUCGACGUACAGGAAACGACGCACCGCGGCCACGCUACCGAAAUUGUGCAACAGCUCGACAUCGACGCCUACGACGCGAUCGUCUGCUGCUCCGGUGAUGGAUUGCCGUAUGAGGUGUUCAACGGAUUGGCGCGCAAGCCCAAUGCACGCGAAGCGCUCGCCAAGGUGGCCGUGGCCUUGCUCCCUGGUGGGUCGGGCAACGCCAUGAGUUGGAAUUUGUACGGAACGGGCAGCGUCUCGGUGGCGGCGUUGGCGAUCGUCAAGGGUCUGCGGACCCCGCUGGAUCUGGUGUCCAUCACGCAGGGAGAUACCCGCACCUUGUCGUUUCUGUCCCAGUCUUUCGGGAUUAUUGCGGAGUCGGAUCUGGGGACGGAUGAUAUCCGCUGGAUGGGAGCUCAUCGAUUCACGUAUGGGUUCCUCAAGCGGCUCAUGCACAUGACGGUCUACCCAUGCGAUCUUGCGAUCAAGGUUGUGAUGGACGAUAAGCAGGCGAUCAAGAACCACUACAGCUCGUAUGCGCAAAGCCAGCCCCCCGGCCGGCCCGCCAAGCUCACUGCAGACCAGACCGGCGGAUUGCCGGAUCUCGUCUACGGCACCGUACAGGACGAGUUGCCGAAGGAUUGGGAGGUGAUCCCGGCCGAGACGCUGGGGAAUUUCUACGCGGGCAAUAUGGCCAUCAUGUCGAAGGAUACCAACUUCUUCCCCGCAUCGGUGCCCAACGACGGGUUGAUGGACAUUGUCACCAUUGAUGGAACCAUCGGUCGAUUGAGGUCUCUCAAGAUGAUGACGGAGAUUCCCGAAGGAGGGUUCUUCGAUAUGCCGGAGGUCAAUAUCCGCAAGGCGUUGGCAUACCGACUUGUGCCCCGGGAGAAAGAGGGUUUCAUCAGCGUGGACGGAGAAAGUGUGCCUUUUGAGGCUUUCCAGGGGGAGAUCCACAAGGGACUCGGCACUGUGCUGUCCAAGUCUGGACACUUGUAUGAGGCCGCGGGGCCGCGGCCUUGA